AGACAGAAACCAGAGAAAAAAGGGCAGCACGCAUAAGCAAAUAACCAAUUUCAAAAUUGAAAAAAUCCAAAUCAAUAUGUGCGAAGUCGCAGUGCCGAAGACUCCAUUGUUUUCGUCGCCAGAGAUGGUUUCACUGCUAUACAAUAAGUCAUCGCUCAACUGUUCUCGUUCUUCUUCUUCUCCUAGAUCGGUGUCGAGCCCGAGGAAGAUUCAUGUUUCUCCGUCGUCUCCGCCGCCGCCGUGUCAGCCAUCUGUGUUGCCGUUGGCUGUUGAUACGGUUCUGAAGAGGAAGAGGCCGGCAAGGAUUGCCGUGCCGGUGAUUUCGUCCGCGGCCGUUAGUUUUGGAUUUGGAUUUGAGUCGGAGAAAGUCGAGGCGAUGGAGGAGGAAGGGGAGGGAUAUUCGGUUUAUUGCAAGAGAGGAAGGAGACGCAGCGCUAUGGAGGAUCGAUUCUCGGCCAGCGUUGGAAUUCGUGGAGAUUCUCGACAGGCUUUCUUCGGAGUUUUCGACGGGCACGGCGGAGCAAAAGUGGCAGAAAUCGCCGCGAAAAGAAUGAGCAAGAACGUGAUCGAUGAAGUAGCGAGAAGAACAGAAUCGGAACUCGAGGAAGCAAUCAAGGACGGCUAUUCGACGACCGAUCGAGAAGUAUCAGAGGAAGGCGUCAGCGGCGGCGCCUGCUGCGUCGCCGCAUUGAUCCGGAACGGAAAUCUCGCAGUCUCCAACGUAGGCGAUUGUCGCGCCGUGUUGAGCAGAAGGGGAAAAGCAGAAGCCCUAACGUCCGAUCACCGCCCGUCCAGAGAAGACGAGAGAAAUCGGAUCGAAAAUUCGGGUGGUUAUGUAGAUUGUUGCCGUGGAGCGUGGAGAGUUCAAGGAACACUAGCAGUGUCGCGAGCGAUCGGAGAUGGACAUUUGAAACAGUGGGUGAUAUCGGAGCCGGAAACGAGAGUGGUGAAGAUUGAGGAUGAUUGCGAUUUCUUGAUUCUUGCUUCUGAUGGUCUUUGGGACAAGGUUACGAAUCAGGAAGCGGUAGAUAUAGUGCAGCCGCUGUGCGUAGGGGCGGAGAAGCCGAAACUAUUCUCGGCGUGUAAAGAACUCGCCGCCUUGUCCACAUCGAGAGGCUCAAUCGACGAUACGAGCGUCAUGAUCAUCAAAUUACCAUCCUUUAUCUGAACUAUCCGAUCAUCGUAAUUAACCCCUAGCCCUACGCCAUAGCCAGAGCCAUAGCGUAGCCAGAAUAUUAAUUAAUUGACAGUUUUUUCAAAUGCUUCUUCUGCAACUGAAGCUGCUGUAUGGUCUGGUUUGGCAACUGAGGUUUGACAUCUUCCAUCAUUAAUUCGUUCUGAUUCCAUUUUCAAACUUCAAACCAAGUGGCCCAAGAAUCAGAAUAUGGCCUCAUUUUUCCAACUUCUUACCCUUCCUCUCUCUCCUAAUUUGUGUAAUUGUAUUAAUGACUCGUCAGUCCAUCUUUCUCAUCUUUUUUUUUUUUU